AUGCCCCAACGUACCUACCACCUUAAACUAGGACAUUGAGAGCGGUAGCUCAAAAUAUUUAAUAAGAGGCUUAAAAAUUGUUUGCUCCAACACUUCUCCUUCACAGCUCUCCUUGCAUUCCUCUCUCUCAGCAAGUCCUCCUACGUGCUACGCAGAGCUAGCGAUCAUGGGCACGGAAAUGGUUAACGUUGACGAGAUCCCUUUCCCUCCACAGAUUGCAAUUGCAACGAAGCCAUUAUCUCUGCUUGGUCAUGGAAUUACCGACAUCGAAAUACACUUUCUCCAAAUUAAGUUCACUGCAAUUGGAGUUUACUUGGAGCCUAAAAUCGUGGGCCACUUGCAACAAUGGAAGGGGAAACCUGGAAACGAGCUAGCAGAAAAUGAUGAUUUCUUUGAAGCCCUGAUUGCCGCUCCCGUUGAGAAAUUCUUGAGGGUCGUGGUGAUCAAGGAGAUCAAAGGUUCCCAAUAUGGAGUGCAGCUAGAGAGCGUGGUAAGGGACCGAUUAGCAGAUGCUGACAAAUAUGAAGAGGAGGAGGAAGAAGCCCUGGAGAAAAUCGUUGAAUUCUUCCAGUCAAAGUACAUGAAGAAGAACUCCAUAAUCACAUUUUAUUUUCCAUCAACUUCACCUACAGCUGAGAUUGGAUUUGCCACGGAAGGGAAAGAAGAGUCGAAAAUCAAGGUGGAGAACGCAAAUGUUGUGGAGAUGAUCAAGAAAUGGUACUUGGGUGGAACCAGAGGGGUUUCAGCUACAACCAUAUCCUCCCUUGCUAACACCAUUUCGGCAGAGCUGGCUAAAUGAAAAUGGGUCUGCGAUCAUGGGCGUUGUUGUUUAUCUAUGUUUGUGCUUUCUUGUGUUUGAAUCUUUUGUCAAAUAUGUCAAGGAGUGAGGCUGCUUGUUCUACCCAUUUUGGGCCAAUAAAAAUUUGAGUAUCACUUUGAGCCUUUUAUAAA